AUAGGAUACCCUGAAGGAAUAUCAGCAUCCGAGUCAGCCUCAGUUAGCAGUCAAGAGCAAGUCCAUGGACAGCAUACCAGAGUGUCAUCUGAUCUUAUUGGUGCAUUACUUAAGCGAGGAGAAAAGCUAAGAGAAGCAAUGGUGACAACAGCUGAUGAAGACAAUGAAUUAGAUGAACCUGGGGUACUUGGUACAUUUGUGAAAAGGUCAGUUGUUACGUUAUAAAAUAAUGGUCUUAUUGAUGUAUUGUUACAUCCUUUUGUCUUGGAUUAUUUAAGCCCUAACUUUGACCAGAAUCUAAUUUUUCAUUACUAACAAUGAAAUGUAACUGCCAAAGUAAUCAAGCAUAGGUAACCAGCCAGACUGUCAAAAAGUUUUGAAGUAGACGGCUGAGUUGUCAAAGUAAGCAGCCAGUCUUAUUUAUUAGGAUCACUGGACAUGAAAAAGAGUAGUCUUGAAAAUCUCCUUACUGAUUUAAGGGUUCAAAAGGAUUGAUAACAAUCAGACACAGGAAGCCUAAAAAUAAUCUCUUUUGCUUGAAAAUUGUUUUCACCCAAAGAAAAAAUUGGAGCCAUGACAGACCCUAAAAUUAUUUUUCUUGCUUACUUCCUUUGUUUAAUAAUUAAGAGAAUUCUUAGUACCUGGUAUCCAAUAUAUUGUUUAAUUAUUCUAAGUUUUUAUUCUUUUAGCACUACACCUCCUGGUAAACUGUUCAAGGCAAUUCUUACCUCAAAUGAGAGCGAUAUUAAACCUGACUCACCUGGUGAAGAUGAGAGUGCAUUGAUUGAAUCAGUGUUUUUACAUAAUGAUAAAGCUGUUGACUUAGUGCUUGGUGAAGAAGAUCCACAUUUUAUGAUGAACUCCUCUGACUCUUCACCUGAGAGCAGUGUAGUUAGUGAGGCUGGAGAACCACUCUAUGAUGAGUCACUUUUGAAAGAUUUGUUUUACACUACACCGGUAGGUUUCAAAAAUAUUUACUUGACAAAGUUGAUCAUCUUACUUAAAAGUUGAUCAUGUUAAAACCCAAACAAAAUUUGCAUGAUUUUAAUGGAAGGCUACUUUAACUGUGAAUAUGUCUGUCACCAUUGACCAUGCAAGCAAAACUUUAUUGCAUUAAUUUAUUGUGUCGGUGUAUCAAAUCUUUUCAUGGUAAGGCAAUUUUUUAAAUUUUCUUCUCACCAUGAGAGCGGUCAUUAGAAUGAAGAAAUUAUCCCGCACAAAAAAUCUCUUUAUUUCAAUUUUUAACAACCUGUUGUAGUUUCCACAAGAAAUAAAAUGGAACAUGAAAAAUAAAAUGUACGCUCAUGCACACACAUUUUUAAGAUGCUAUUUUUUAAAACUGUAUUCAGGCAGUGGCUUCAGAUACAGAGUCGGAUAAUACAGUCAGCACAGAUGAUAAUGAUGAUGAUGAGCAACCUCUGACUCAUGUCAUCUCUUUAAAAUCAAGAAAAGAGAAAAAGGUAACUGGUGCUUAUAUAUUAAAUGUGUUUCUAUCUGUAAUUCAUUGAUACAUUUGGGGAAAAUAAUGGCUAUUAUAAAUUAAUGUGCAGUCAGAAUCAACAAAUUUGUCGAUUCAUGAUGGUAAUGUACAUCCACCUCUUUUUGUGCAAUUGUUAUUAAAACCGUUGUUAAACAUCCAUUGAGGAUACUGUCACGGUAAACUGUGAAGGGUUUUAUGUUCAAUAUGUAUCCUAUUUUGCAGAAAACCAGGACAGCAAAGGGCAGGCAACAAUUUCCGCAGCAAUUACUCAUACAAGAACGUGAUGAGAAAGAUGUAUCAAGUGUGGAAUAUAUUGAUCCCAAUCAAACCAAUAGUAGUGAUACCCCUGAAAAAUAUAGAGGUGAUCUGUUUUCAUUUGAAUAAAUAAUGCCUCAAUAGAAAUUAUCAUGUCCAUAAAUUUAUUUUCUCAGAAUAAAAUUCCCAAGAAUGGUUCUUGUAAAAAAAACGUCAAACAAAGAAAAAAAAAACAAGACAAUGGCACACAGUCUAUGGUUCACACUGCUGGUGGAAUCAAUAAAACCUUCCCCAGAGUCCUCAAAAAUUCUUUUGGUGGAAAAAUGACACACCAAUUGUGGUUUGUUUUCCCUUUUGUAGAAUCAUUUGAUAUCUUUCUUUUAGAGUUUCAACUAUGACAAAAGAUGACUCAGCGAAUACCUAGUAUAAUAUUUUAAGGUCAGCUUUGACCAAAAAAUGUGGAAUUCACCAACGAUGUCAUCCCUUUAAACCAGCCCUUGUAACCAGUACAUUAUCUUGUAUCCUGUGUCUUUUAUUUGUCUGCAGUCUUGAUACCUGUAUUUUUCCCAUUGUGCAGGUCACCGCACUCCAACAAAUAGUUCUGCUGAUUCAUUUCCAUCAACUAAGAACGGCAAGGAGUCAAGUCCAAAUCCUCAUGAAUUCAUUGAAAAUAUUGGUCCUGAGAAACUGACUGCAUUGGGUAGAGUUGAUGCUGCUCGUGUUAUUGUGGAUAGUCUUGGAGUCAAUGGAGAUAAUGUGAAGUCAGGGUAACAAUGUCUGUAUUUGUGAUGGCGAGUUGUUAAUAAUGUACUGUUAGUUGAUCAGAGUUGGUGUCACACCUGACAUUGACACUUAGAUCGAGCUGCAUACUCCACUGAGAACAGCAACCCCUACAGAUAUAACUGCCUCUUCUCAUUAUUUUUGUUCAGGACAUACUUUGUUGAGUACAGCUUCCCUGCUUCAAUGCUUACACAAAGACAAAAAGAAAACAUAUCUAUGGCAACAGAACUAACCAGAAUUGCAUCAAAAAAGCUCCAAGAUGCAGGUAAAAUCUCAUCGCUUGACAAUAGCAAUCAACAUAGCUGUUCUAAUAAAGGUGGUUUUAGGUUCAAUACCUCAAACACCAGUUACAAAUGUGUGUUUUAAAAUAUUCAUUUAAAUUAGGCAGAUUAACACCAAUAUGAUGGAUGACUUAUUAACAAUGUCAUGUAGACAGACUAGUUAUCUGUAUUGUUUUUGGCUGCAGUGUAGGGUUUUAAUGAAUAGAUUGUUUUGUUUCUCUCUACAGAAGUAUCAUUCAACCAUCGCUCAGUGUUCCCAGCACUGUUUAAUUCAACUGUGAUAGAUUACUGGUGGAGAAGACCACUGACCUUCAGAGUUUACUUUAGAGAGUCAGGAAAGAGAAUGGUACAUUGCUAUUUAGAAUGGUUGAGAAUUUGUAGGAUAGCUACAAUCACUUUCAAAAUUGUUGAGACAUUGAACUCAAGUAGGAUAACUUCAGAGAACAAAACAAUCCACACCCCUUCCCCUCCCCUCCUAGAAAGGUUGGAGUGUUCUACAGGUAGCUCAAACAGUGGCACAACAUUGCAUGGAGGGGAUCAUGGGAAAGGAAAAGCUUUAUUUUCCCUUUUUGAAGUCGGUCAAGAAAAGAAAAGACCCUUUAGGGCAAAAUGUCUCAACUAAUCUUGCACUGAUUGUAGGCUUAAACACACCUGGCUGAUAGCAGGCCCAGAUGUAACUCUUCUGUUUGAAUUACAUGAAUACAGUGUAAUAAUUUUCCCAAGUAAGUAGACGCUGUAUUUCUGUUUAAGCCUGUAGUUGUUGGAGUAGCAACCUUUCCUCUCAAGACAGUUCUUCAAUCUGACACUCUCAGCUCAUCAGCAUCUUUGCAAAUCAAACACAGUGUGGAUCAUAUUAGACGUGAAGAAUCCAGUAGUUCAUCAUCAGUGUAUCAUGCUUCCUCCUCAGACGAUCACCCUCUUUAUGGGGUAUCAUUUGGUCCCUUAUUGGUAAGUCCAGGUACUCCAACCAAGUGUAAAAUCAACAGUUCUUUCUCAUGACAGUCCACAAAAAGUACUAAAGAAACAUGUCACUGACAUUUUUAUAACAGCCUUCUCAAACUCAUGAAUAAUUCAUAAAGAAAAUACAAAGGAAAUUAAUGUUUAAUGGUGUUUGGAAAUCAGAUGAAGAACUGCUCAUUUUUGCAUCAUUAAUUUAUCCUUCUAAAAUCAUUUUGUUUGAGAAGUAAUAUUAAGCAUUUGACACAAUGUUUCAUCACCAGAUGAAACACUUCGAAGUUCAUCAAAAAUACUGCGCCGUGCGUUGUAUUUUCAACUCUCUUCCCAGUGUUUCAUCUGGUGAUGAAACACUGCAUCUCAUGCAUGAUAUAUUACUUGAAACAUGGUGUUGUCAAUGACAUCUACCUUUAAAUUUAAACAGUUCCUUGUGGAUUGGUAGGGUCAACAUGUCUUUUUCCUGCCUUACGUAAUGUUAUUUUAAUGUUUCUUAAUAUAUAUAGGUAAAAGUGGAAUUAAUGACAGAUGGAAAGCAGCUUCAUGUAAAACCAAGCGCUCACAAGAAGCCCCCUCUUCCAGCCACAACAACACCAACAAAGACAGCAGACCAUUUACAGGUUACAAAACCUGCUCAAAUUGUUGGCCAGGUUUUCGGUAAAGCAUCUCAUAGUCCAACCAAGGCUGCCAGCCUGUCAGACAAGAUGUUGCUCCAAACUUCUUCUAAAUUUGACAGAGUUGAUGAACCUGAAAGAGAGCCUUUAACACUUUUCCUGCUACUUUGGAUACCUGAAGGCAAGGAUCUCAUCCAACAUGGUUACCAUAGUAACCAAGGGCUUGUUACUAAAAACAACUUAUACCUAGUUUGCCGUAUGUUUUGGUGUGAUGAGUUAUCUAAAUCAAGAGUGUGCUGGGGAUCUGCAAAUCCAUCUUUUGGCUUUAAGCAGGUAGGUCCAACCAAGCAAAAUGAGAAAGAGAUCUCAUGAAGUGAGCCAUCCUUUAGUGCAGAAUGACUUGCACACAUACAGCUUAUUUAAGCAAGUUACAGUUUUUAUGUUACAUAUUUUUAGAUUGUUAGAAAUGUUUUUUUUAGGAAUUUUUGUUAAUCACCAACCAAAGGUUAUACAUAGCCUAAAAACUCAGUUGUAAACCUCUCUUGAUCUUGAACACUACACAGGGCAGGUCAACAUCAGCUUAAUUAUUACCACUGAGUGGCACUGAACCAUUUAUUUCAAUAUGUUUAGGUUGCCCCGGUGCUACUAACCUCAUCUCUGCUACAACGAGUCUGCAAUAACUUUAUGGUGAUUGAAGUUUGGAACAGGAUUGCUUCACAGGACCAUGGUGACCAGGUGAAGUGGGAAGAAAACAAACAGUACUUAUGUGUUUGUUUGUGACAUAUGUGUUUCUAUUUAUCUAUGUUGCAUGCUUGUGAUACUGAACCCGACAAAUGCCAAAACGAACAUUUUGCUCUUCAAUGAUAACUCUGUCCACUUAAGUGAAACAAGUCUCCAAAUCUUGUGGAAAACUAAAAUUGGAAAUGUUCAGAGGUAGGGUGCCGGUAAUAAUUUUGUGGCUCAACAUACAAACGGUUCAGAUCAAGGAAUUCCACACUAGCACAGUUUUUACUGCUUUUUUGAGAAUGCAGACCAUUGAUGGCUUCCUCAGCAUCUUUAAGGAAGCUACAGAAAGUAUGUUUUAUUAGUGUGAACAUUUCCUAAAUUAUCUAUAUAAUUUUUUUAUUCUUCCUUUUUGGGAAGCAAAAGAUAAUAGUUUUCUUUUUUUCUAACUAGUUGGUAGGACUUGUGAAGUUGCCAUUGCACCAGUUGUACUUGUCAUAUAGGGAUCCCAAGAUCACUAAAACGCUACUCAAGUCUAAGGUAACUAACAUAUUCUGUCUCUGAUCACUGACGGCAAUAAUAAGAAAAUAGCUUGUUCCAAUCAGUUAUCAAUGUCUACAGGUUGGUGGUAGGUUAGUCCAACAAUUUAAAUUGCAAUUUACUUGUGACUAUUUAAUUGGCUUUUAUUGAAGAAUAGCAUAAAUGGUUAAAUAUCCUUUCUGCAAAAGCAACGUUCCAUUUGGGAAGCAUAGUGUUAAUGCUGUCUUCUUUGACUGCGUUAUGUUUGUGCGUGAGUUUAUUGACUGAUGGCAAAAAUAGCUUCCUUUGUUUCUUUCAGUAUCCUGUUGUGGCCUUUGAUGAGUGGAGUUCUGUUACUAAUCCAUUUACUCACAUCCAGCAUGGUCAACUAAGGGUCCUUUUAGCCAUGGGCUUAGAGGAGCAGGUAAUUUUGCGCACCAUAACAUUGGAUUGUAUUAGCCAGCAGAUCUAUGUAACCAAUGUCUGUUUGGGAGGAUGCCAGUCACGCUGGAGGAUUUCUUUUUUUUGUUUAUUUAUACUAGGACUGAAAUACUGAAACUCUGGUUGAAAUUAUUGGGUCCUUAAGUAACUGGUUUUCCUUGCUGUUUUGCAUAGCCUUACUGUUACAAGGUUGGGUAGAAGUGGUUUAGGGUUAGUUACAUGUAUGUUAGUAGGCUGUAGGGAUGUCUGCGAACUCUUUCCUUUUUUUGUUGUUGUUUCAGGUUGCUGCCAUCCUGGCUAUGAAAUGUGGAGGAGAUCUUCUGGUUGGCAUUAGUAAUUUACGUCCAGAUCACCAUCUUGACAAUCAAAGGUUAAUUUGUAAAAUUGUUAAAUCACAGUUUUUACAUAAUCUCCAGUGAGGUACAUUAGUGAGGCAUUGUGGUCAGUCCUCUAGUAUCCCCAUGAUCAAUGCAGCAUUUUUUGUUGAGCAGUUAUUGACUUACAUCUUUUUUAAUUCAAUUUGUAGAGUGAGCAGUAGAGAUGACCAUGAAGGUUUGCAAGAACUUGGUAAGAUAGUGAACUAUCCUCUUAACUAUCUCUACGUCAGUUACAAGCUAAACCACAUAUCCUAACAGACUCUUAGAAACUUACUGCCAAAAACUGUGAGCCGUAUGGUUAUUUGGUGGCCACUAUUAAUGUGAUUAAUAGACUGAGUGAAGGCAGGCUGGUUUUGAGAGACGGUUGAAGAUGAUUUGUUGUGCUUUUUUGACAGUCGAACAUCAGUUUGAGAUCACAGUUGAGGACAUUAGAGGCUUGUGUGUAUUUGGCAGCACUGUCUGGGGUGAAACAGACUGUUUUGUACAGUAUCACUUUCCAUUCCAGAGGGACUUGCAACAUAGUGAUUUUUCAAUUGAUGGUAAGAUCUCAAUUUCUUCUUUGCAAAGUGAAAGGCCAUUUACACUCUGGAAUGGAAUAAUUCCUGUGAUAUUUUUUUUAAGCGAUCCCAAUCCUUCAACCACAUCGCACCCCUACAACACUGUGUGUCCCUGAUCCAGCAUUCCAUGAUGUCACAAGACAUGCUUUUAAGCUUCCACAAGGUUUCCCAGUCCAGAGACACUUGCUUGCAGCAUUCACCGGCUCAAGACUGGCUGCUACGUCUGUACCAGGGUCAGGUGGAGUUCCUUUUGAACUGUGGAGAAGAUACUAUUACCCAAACAUUAGAGACCAGAUGGUGGCAAAGGUGGGUUGCUAUCUAGAUUCAAUAAUAUAAGGAUAACAUUAUGCUAAAAAAAAAUAUACAAAUUUUGACUAUAUAAAUGCUGAGUAAGCUACUUAUUUUAUCUAAUUACUGUACAGCUUUACAUAAGACGUUUACAUGUUCAGAAUGGCAUUGCAGAGUCGCCAUUAUUGAGAAGCACAGUAACUUGCGGCCAUUUUGAUAAUGCACACCUUCUGUAAGUUUACAUGAUUGAGUUUGGGCAGUGAAAUCCUCAUAGAAGCGCUCAGAAAAGAAGUUUUUUAUUUUUAUUGUACUGCUGUUUCAAAUGCCUUUGGAACUUUGGCUUCUUAGAGGUAAUCCUGUUUUACAUUCUUCUAAUCCAGGCCAGUCUUCCACUUGCAAAGCUCUGCGCAAUGGUGACAAUGCAGAAACAAGGUGAAGCUAACAUCCAGAGCUUCUCUUUGCCACUGACAGUCCUUGCUGGCGAUGAGGUGGAUGGCAUGCGACAGGACAGGGUCCGUGACACUGGGCUGCUUGAUGUUACUGUAAAGUAUCAGCAGGUGGUAUCCAGGCGUCUUAAAGAAGGACAAACGACCCUGAAGGAAGGUGACAAUCAAAUUUGUCUAUCACUUGAAGUGAUUCAAGCUUGUGGUCUAAAGGUGAAUGGUCUUUGGACAUCCUUCACAAUUAGCAAAGAAGACAGAUAGCAAUUAAUUGAAAUAAGUUAUUGCCAUCUCAAUAUUAAUAUGAAUGUGGUCAUUGUAACGUUGGUGAAGCAUCAAAAAGGUUUUGUUGCAUACUCACCCUACUAUUUUCUUCUCGGUGUACUUUUUUCAGGGGCAUCCAAUGAGGAUAUAGUUCAAAACCACUUAACAUAGCAUUGUUGAACGUAGUUUAGUAUUCAAACGGUAGAUAUAGGCAUAUUUUUAUCCCCUAAAAACUUCUCAUCUGUUCGGAUUUCCUAGCUGAAAGUGUAGUGAUCCGAAAAUUAUAGGGAUAAAAACUUACCUUUUCGAAAACUUCAGCCAGGAAAAGGCUCCCGAAAAUUCUAGGUGGCCUUUUUUAGGGUCAAAAUCCGUUAAAAAUGGGUAAUUAUACCAUUUUGUCAAUGUUCGAAAAUCCUAGGAGAGGCAGGCAAGCAAGAAAUUUUACAACAAAUGCUCCGAAAGUUCUAGAUCUCAAAUCGUCUUCCGAACAGAUAUUUUCCCGAAAAUUGCCGUUGGGUGCCCCUGUUUUUUUGCUGCUUUUGAUUCUUUUAGCAGCUUGUCCCCCUGGGAAAGGCACAGACUGAUCCUAGACUAUCAGUUAAGCUGUAUUUUCCUUUCAAGACUGUAUAAUUAGUCUUUACCCAACACCAAACACCUCCUGUAGAAAUGCUUAUGUACUUUUAACCGUGUUGUUGCUUCAACCACAGGCAGCAGCAAGUCUACAUGCCAGAUCAAACCCAAACCUAUCAUACCCUGCCAAGGUUGGUGUCAAUACUUAUAUUGUGAUCCAUUUCCCAUUUGGACGAAAGCGUAAACAUGUGACGAGGACUGUGGCAAGAACGUUUAGCCCUGAGUUCACCUAUAGUGCAGACCUGUUGUUACCAAUAGUAUUGCCAGCAGGUGUUGGAGGAAAGAAACAGCUAAGCUUAGCAGAACAACUGGAAGAUGCUGCGAUCGUUUUUGAAGUUUGGUUAGUAUUCAGGUUCAUUUCUCUUUUGCCUGAGAAACGUUUCCCUGAGAAAUGCCACUUCAGGCCCUGGUUGUUCAAAAGCUUGAUAGUGCUUUCCACUAGAUAAAUCUCCCUCCAGGGGUUAAGUACAUGUAUUUGGGAAACCAAGUGCAUUAUCCACUGGAUAGUGCUCUCCUCCUUUUGAACAACAAGGGCCAACACUUUUUAUUAAUUAAUGGAAAGCAAAUAGAAGAAGAUCUAGGGUAGAGCUUUCACUGAACAAUCACAUACCAUGUAAGUUGCUAAGAAGUGUUAAGAAAUGUUUCUUGUAACUUCGGAGUUUGAAUUAGCCAGGUGGAAAAUAGAGGAUUUACAGUUAGGAAAACUUACAAAGUAUUACUUCUAACCAGGCAUCAAAUGUCACGAGGGAUGAGUGGUAACCAGGUGACAAGAUCAGGUGACUAUGGCAAGGGUGGUAGGGAAGGAGACGUGUUGCUAGGUGUGGGACGAGUACCACUUAUUAUGCUUCUCACACGUAAGACAGGUUAGUCCGUACUUUAUUUGAGUGCAUUUUAUGUGCAACUGUAUUCAUGAAGUUCAGUUGUAGAAUUGUCACCAUCCUUGAUUGAAAGUGGUAGUAUGCUAUUUGCUCUAGGGAAAUAUGGUUUCUAUUUUGUACUGACUAUUUGUGGUCGCUUUAUGACAUUAAUGUAAAAUUUGUGUAUUCAGGAGUCAAAGGAUGGUACCCAAUAUACCCUCAUACUGAAGGCGACGUUCAUGAUGCGUCCUCUCAUGAUGACCCUGAAAAGACCAUUGGGGGAGUAGAACUACGCAUUUGUUUCUCUGAGAAAGAAGACAGAGAUCAUGUCGUACAUAUUUCAAGAGGAGUUGGUUGGUCACCCCCACCUGGAGUAGAAUAUAUUGACGACAGGUUAGGUGAGGAUGAAAUGUCUAAAGAAGGACACUGGGAAUUCUGCUUGAAAAUUAGCAAGGCGUGGAUUCCUCCUUCAGAAUUGAAUUCCAUUGACACCGCAACAAAGAAAGAGGACAGGAAUGUAAAGGCUUAUGCAAGAUAUAAGCUCUAUAACAAAGGUAUGGACAGGACUAUGCAAGUGUCAUACACUCUCCAUUUCAGGUGUUUGUUUAUAUUAUUUUGUCUAUGGUGUAUAUUUGUCCCAGACAUCUUUAUUGCAUAUAAUUAAUUUGUCUGUUAAGAUUGGUGGUAAAUCAGAGGGAACAAUUUGACUGAAUUAUUACAUACCUUAUUGGGAUCACCUUACCGCCUUUUUUAUUUUUCCAUGUAGCUCCCAUUGUCUCACGAUUAACACCUGUCAAAGAUAGUGGGGAUGGUAAAUUCAUCUGUGAGCUGAAGCACUGCAAAGAAAUCAUGUUACCAGAGACGCCCUCUGUCACCUGGUACAUGAGGGAAGAGAAUUUAGAGAUCCAAGUCUGGCUAAGUAAGAGAAGACAUGACGCUGAUAGCAACUCAAGAAAAAGAGACAGAUUAAUGGGCUCGGCCUUUGUAGAUGUUUCAUCUAUACUUAUCAGCCAGCAGAGGAAACAUAGGCAAAUCAGGUUUCAAUCCAUUAAAAUGUUUGGUUGAAAUGUCCUUGAGUCUUUUUAUUGAAUCCCUGGCUUUUUUUGCUCCUAGUGUGAAAUAUACUGAAUUUGUGGUCUCCAUCAAUCCCUAACUUACUUUAAAACCCGACAUUGUUUGUUAUUUUGCAGUGGACUGUACCCUCUUUUCAGGUCUGGAGCAAGUGACUUGUUUGGUGCAUGCGUUCAUGUACAGGCGGCUCUUAAAUGGUGUUAUGUGAAUAGCAGUGACCCAGAGGUAAGACAGACGUGGUUUCAUGUGUUAAGCCAUCUUCAACUACUAAUGUCAUCAAGACAUUCAUCCUUGGAGUAACUUAGGAAAUACUCAAAGAAGGUCACUCACACCACCCUGGAGUUCUUUGUAUAUGUUUUUGUUUAAUUUGUACACUUCAAUUAAUUAAGUCUUCCACAGCCACUAUUAACUUUCUUGGGUAUUCAUUUUAGUUUUAUAAAUAGCGGAAGUUACUUUCAUUCAUUCUGGAAAAUAAUGAACCACCUUCGAUGUGUUUUUUGAGUCUGGCUCUUCCUAUCAUUGCAAGGCCAAUGUCCCUUCAAGUCACUCACUCUAGUUAUGUGUUCUUGUAUUAGCUGCAUGUGGACUCUUUCGGAGGUUAUUAACUUGAGUUCAGGCGACUGGAUUAUCACUUCUUCAUUUCAGUUUGACCUUUCACAAGACAUAGUAAAUUCAGAUGAUUCAGGUAAUGAUGCUUCCCCUCUAGAAGAUUCUGACGCACGCAGCAGUACCAUCAAGUCCACCCAGGAUCACUCUGCUAAACCCAGCCAACCAGAAACACAGCUGCCCGUCAUUGACUCAAAUAAUGAUGACACUUUCACCGCUCAUGUUAUCAUUGAACAAGCUCUUCAUCUUCCUACUGUUCCGGGAAGCAAUGGUGAAAGGUAACAUGAAUGCUUUAGCUGCCACAUUUCGUAAAUCUAUUAAGCCUUGUCAGGUUCACCGCCAUCUGUGCUUCUCAGGUUUAAAGGUGGCCAAGUAAGGCGCUGUUUUCAUAGUGUGAAUUGAUAAACAACAGUUUGUUUGUUUUUACAGAACAUUACCAAGUGUGUAUGUUUCCUAUCAAAUGCUUCCUUCUGUACCGCCUUCAUACACAUCAGUUGUUGACUCUUCAACCAACCCUACUUGGGAAUAUCAGAGACUGGAAAGGAUAAGUUAUAGCUCACUUAACACUUCACAGGUGAAUGAAGCAUUGUGUUUUUCAUACUUAUUAAAAAGUAUGUAUAAGUCUAUUUUGUCGUGUGUUAACUGCAGGACCUUCUAGUCGACAGAUUAAUCAAUCCUUCUACUUAAAGGUCACAUAACGUUCACUUCCCCUUAGUGACGGUAACAUCUGGAUGAUGCUUGUUUUAGAUGGAUUGAUAGAAGGGACCCGUUAUUGGCAACACCCAAAGUGAUCUCAGUUUAAUUUGACAGUGUCUAAUUUUUUUGUAUUUUCUUCUCUGUAAGGGUCUUGAAUUCAAGGUUUGGCACACUUCAGGCAAGCUCGAGGAAGGUACAGUUGAGUUUUGAUUACAAUCCAAUGAAGCAAGGCAAAUUACAUAGGGGCAAGUUGAACUACAGUCAAAUCCGACUUUAGGAACACCCGCAGUAUACAGACACCUGGUUGUUAUGGACAGUUUGCUUUGUCCCUGGGAAAAAAGCCCUUACAUUUGCUCUAAAUUCAACCUGCUUAAAGGUACAGAAAAACGGGUAACAAAAAACGUGCAACUUGUUUUGCAACAUUGCUGCAAAACGAGUUGAAAAGCGAUGUUGCUCGUUUUACCACCCAAAUAAAACCUGUCUUGCAACAAAUCAGGUUGUUAACAGGUUUGAACAGGGGUGGUAAAACGCGCAACAUCGCUAUUCAACUCGUUUUGUAGCGAUCUUGCAAAACAAGUUGUCCGUUUUUUGUUGCCCCUUUUUCCGUACCUUAAUACGGACACUUGUCUAUGGCUCCCCAGGUAUUAAAGGGGUUUGACUGUAUUAAGUUGGAUACUGCUACACUCAUGCCUCUCGUCUUAGACUUAAGAGUACGAGUUAUUUCACUAAUGAAAUAAUCAGGUGUACCGGUAUAUAAUUUUCCUUGCAGGUCACACCAAAAUACCUGAUUCUACCAGAGAGAAUCCAGAUAGCUCCAGUGGUGCGGACCGAGUUCUUGGGGUCGUGUUAUUUGAUUUAUCACCACUGUUGGCUGGUAUGAGGCAGCUAAUUGGCUGGUACAAUGUAACCGAUUUUAACGGAGACUGCAAAGGACAGAUCAAGGUAUUUUGAACAAAGCGAAAGUUUAUCAACCGAAUUUAUGGUAUCCUGUGAUCGGAUGAAACACAUAUUUAAAUGUGAAACAAAGGCUCUCUAAUGAUUAACAAUUUUUGAAGAGAUUUAAAAGCAAAACUUUGCAACAUUUGUCCAAACCUUCUUCACAAUAGUUGUUUUGUUGUCGAUGUUGUUGUUGUAUUUUAGAUUGGUGUUUCACCUGUUAUCCCCGUGUCUCCUCCACGAUCUUUACCUGCUUCAAGGCAGCGCCUUCACCUCCCAUCUUCCACGCAGCAAGAUGUGAGUUAACUUAGUUCUGCUUUUGGACUUUCAACAGUUUCUAUGAUCUAGAAAAGAUUCAUAGUUCCACUGUUUUUACUUAGGUGUGCCUGCUUUUCUGAACUCGUAAAUUGUGACAUUUUCAAAAUCGUAAAUAUUUAUUGCAAACAUCAGUGAUAUUUUUCAGCGUUUUUGUAUUGUAAAUUACCAAUUAUUACUUUAUCGGUUAUUAUAUAUUACUGUAAUUACUUUUACACUAAUUUUAAAAUACACAUGCAAGUUUUAACGAGAACAUGAUUAUGUACUCACCUAUGCAUACUUCUUUGUGAUAAGCGUAUUCAUAAAAUUUAACUGAUUGUGUUGAAAUAUCAUUCUGUCAAGGUUAAGUUCACUCAAAGCUAUAAUUAAAGUAGCCUGUUCAGAGACCCUCUCUUUUCUCUUAAAAGUCUCUUAACUGCGCGUGAUAAAAAUAAAAACAGCAGGGAAUUAAAUGACUGCUAGCGUAAGGGGGUACAGGUGGGGGAAGAAGGAAAUAGAAAUAAAAACAACUAGUUCUUUAUUUUUCUUUCUCGCGCUCGCCGAUUAUCGAAAAAUAAAGCAACGUUUGUUUCCAGGCUAUAAUUAAGGUGGCUCGACAUUUAUUUUGGAAGGCACACUUUCUUUCUUUUAACUUCUUAUUCCUAAGUAGCUUGAUCUUAACAAAUGAAUUACACAUUGACUGACACUAUAUUAUAAUAUAUAGAUUUAGCCAGGGCUAAAAGCGAAGCUCUGGUUAAUAAUACGUGUAAACAAAAAAAAUUAAAUCGUGUAACGCUAAACGGGGGACGACAAUGAAAAUGGCUUCAAGACUAAUAGAUCUAAUUAGCAAAAAAACAAAUUGCACGUGCAGCACACUUUUUCUUCUAAUUAGCGAAAAGCAAAUUUGCACGUGCAGCACGCGUUUUUGUCUUUCCCUUGCUGUUGUUUUGCACGACUACAAUGCUGUUUUGUACGACUAAAGCGUCAAACUUCCUAGUUACACACUAUUUUUAUGGAGAAAUUGUCGUAUGUGCUUACCCAAUAUUUUGUUUCCAGUGUUCAUGUUCGCUUUUAUUUUUCCCUACCGCUCAUUUUCACCUUGCUGGCCGCUACCAUUUCUUAUUUUCUCACCGCCGCUUUGAAUUUCCAUGUUUUUCUUCCAACGAAUUUUCAAUAACUCGCUCUAGCUCUUUCUCUGUUAUCCACGUUAGUGUACACAUAAAAAAUAACGCCGAAAAAGACACGACUUUUUUCUUUCUAAAAGUCCGGGCGGCCAUGUGAUUUCCUUCCAAAUAAAACCUUGAGUUGCAUUUGGGUUCCCAUACCUGAGCUGUUGAUUGAGUUAUUUUACAUUGGUAUGUCUGUGGUGCGGACGGACGGUCGCUCGCACGCUCGCUCGCUCGGUGUACGGUCACGUGAUUACCAAAUUUUCUGGGAUGGGUAGAUUACCACAUUUCCUUAGCUAUGGGGCUCCGCCCACGCGCGCGCUUCGCGCGCGGGUGGAGCUCCGCUAUUAAUUUUUGCAAGUAAGUGAACUUUUCUAAUUACUCACCUCACUUUAUUUACUUCUUUUAUUCACUAAGCUAAUCGAGUUUGGUUCUAGGUUGAGCUGACUGACUCGUCGUCUCUAAUCAACCAGAGAGAAUCACAUCAAAUGAUUCACCAGGAUGGUUCAGUCCUCAGAUUACACACAGACAAAAAACCUCAGGAUGAUCAAACCAGUGGCUUUAGACCACAUACACUUGAUACUGCCAUUCACACACUGGAUGCAGAUGUAGGGACAGCGCCAGUAUCUUCCACUUCCUUCCUCUUGUCCCAAUUAAGGUGCGUAGGCUACUUGUUUUCUCAUCAAUUUUUCGGUUGGACUUCUGAACAUGUCUACAAGUUGAUACGCUCUUUCAGUUCCUUAUACCAUGUGAUACUGUUCGUCGUCAGUGCGAUCUGCGAAACACUUUUUUCUGUCAUAGCUAGCUACUUAACCGUGUUUGUCGAUAAUUUCGAUAAUUUUCUUAUCGGAUGAAAAAUAAGCAGACUCAUUAGAAUUGGUAAUGACAGUAAUCGCUAUUAAUAUAGUACCGUAAGAGUGAAAUUGAUACGCAUUCUUCUUGUCACUAAGACUCCGAAAAUGUUGAUGAUUCGACGCCAACUGAGACAUUAUGCCCCUUAAGCUAAGGUACCCAAAGCAUUCUUCCAUGAACGAUGCAUCCGAGUUGCUUCUGUGUCAGUAUAUGUACGAACUUAUAGACUUAAGUCAGGCUUUCUUUUUUCCUUGUGUUCUUUUCUUAGGCAUAGUAUGAAGGAGUUGGAUGUUCUACAGCAAAAUUUAAACGUCAAGUUAAAAGCUGGCAGUGCGGUAGGGGAUAGCAGUGUUCUCACUCAGGAACGCCCAUCCGUUGUUGCUUUACCAAGUUUUUUCUCAGACACAGUUGCCACAAGAGAGUUAAAGGGUUCAGAGACAAUUCAUGCCAAACACAGAAUUGCUGAAGAACCUGAUUUGAGGAGUAAAACCGCCUCAGAAACUGAACACAAGGAGAUGGAAUUUAGACGGGGAGUAAUUUCGCUAAAUGAUAAAGAAAUCAUCACUCCUGGUGAUAGGCGGUUGCUGUCCUCUCCGUUUUCUGUUCGUGAUGAUACUGUUGAAGGAAUUGGAGAUACGAUCAAACAGGGUGAGGUGGAAGCAUCUAGUAGCAAAGACAAUUUAGACCCUCAUAAAAGUGAAGACGGAUGUGUACUUCAAAAUGCAGAGGGUGACAGCUUCUUCACUUUCAAGGGAAGGACUUCUUUAAAUGAAGGAACAAAUAAGAGAGACCUCUUUCCUUUUGAUGAAGAUAGAAAAGAAAAUAUACAUCCUAAUCAGCAAGUUGACAGUUUCUUCGGUUUAGAGAGAGACAAGUCUGCUGAAAAUCGGAGGCCGUCAAUUGAUAGUGAGCUAAGUAUUAGUGAUGUCUCUGAUGAUCUCUCUGUUAGUGGAUAUGUUCAGGAUAACUCGAAAACUGCAAGGUUUACUGACAUUAAAGACAGUUGGCUAAGCAGCGAAGAUGAAGACAUACCAGAACCUGUAGAACAGUCUGAAAAUCCUGGUCUGUCAAAAUCUCCUUCCGUAAUUUCUUCAGAGAGUGAUGCAAAUGUUGGACUGAACAAUGGUGCAGUGUCGUUGCCAAGCACUCAAGAACUUUAUUUUAAUCCUGAUGCUAAUAAUGACGAAGUGAAAGACAAGGAAAUAGUUGACAGUAGUAUGAAAGGGGACCAACAAGGUGUAAGAAGGAGGAUAAUCAUGGACAACGUGGACUUCAUUGAUAAAGCUAGUGCUGACGUCCCUGGUGAAAGUGCCGCUGGUGGGUCAGUUAAUAGUGGUUCAGAUGCCAAAAACGCAACCUUUCAAACUGAUGAAGAAAAUGACUACAACUCUCCCGUUUAUUACAGAAAACCACAGUCGAGAGAACUGCCAACGAGCCCUGUUCUGUCAGUUCCUCGUUCUGGUCAUCAUCUAAAAAACACUUUGCCGAACUUUUUUAUGCCCACAGAACAAUUAGUAGAGUCUAUGAGGUCUCUAAGAUUAGGUUCCUCAAAUCAAAGAUACGGCAGCACUAAUUCACAUUCCAAACUACUGGCUCGUUCCAGUCAUUUGAAAAGUGACGGCCAACAUACAAAAGGGAACUUAACUGAACAGUUCACUAAACGCAAGCCUGUUUACAAAGCAAGAAGAGACGAAAGACCGCCAAUAUCUAGAUCAGAGGCAGCUCGGAUUGCUAAAAUUUUCAAUUCUGGGAGUGUUUAG